CCUCCAAGCCCCCCGCGGUUGCUUCAAAAAUUCUCCGCCACGCUUCAGCGCUUUGACCUCAUUCUUCUACGUUUCCAUGUCUGAACAAUGAAGUCUCGCUCUGCUAGCUCACUAGCUCGUGCAAUCGUCAUAACCAUAGGUUUGAGGGAAGCCGAAGCUUACUGCGAUGGGGGAUUUGUCUCGAAUGAUAAAUUACCAGGGAGGAGAUGAAAAACACACUCCGAAUACUUGUCGCAACAGACUGCCAUUUGGGCUAUAUGGAAAAAGAUGAAAUACGGCGGCAUGAUUCAUUCCAGGCAUUUGAAGAGAUAUGCUCAAUUGCUGAGAAAAAGCAGGUGGACUUUUUACUUCUUGGUGGCGAUCUCUUCCAUGAGAACAAACCAUCAAGAUCAACAUUAGUGAAGGCAAUUGAGAUUCUGCGUCGUCAUUGCCUUAAUGAUGAACCAGUGGAUUUCCAAGUUGUUAGCGACCAAACCAUCAAUUUUCCAAACACAUUCGGUUACGUCAACUAUGAAGAUCCUCAUUUUAAUGUUGGUUUGCCAGUAUUCAGUAUUCAUGGAAACCAUGACGAUCCUGCUGGAGUGGACAACCUUUCUGCUGUUGAUAUUCUCUCUGCAUGCAAUCUUGUGAACUACUUUGGGAAAAUGGUUCUUGGCGGUUCUGGUGUUGGUCAGAUCACUCUCUGCCCCAUUCUUAUCAGGAAGGGUUCAACAUCCGUGGCUCUUUAUGGUCUUGGAAAUAUUAGAGAUGAAAGGCUGAACAGGAUGUUCCAGACACCACAUGCUGUUCAGUGGAUGCGGCCUGAAGCUCAGGAAGGGUGUGAAGUGACAGACUGGUUCAACAUUCUGGUACUUCAUCAGAACAGAGUAAAGUCAAAUCCUAAAAAUGCUAUAAAUGAGCAUUUUUUACCUCGCUUCCUGGACUUUAUUGUGUGGGGACAUGAACACGAAUGUUUGGUUGACCCUCUGGAAGUUCCUGGGAUGGGAUUUCACAUUACACAACCAGGUUCCUCAGUUGCUACAUCACUGAUUGAUGGUGAAUCAAAGCCGAAGCAUGUUCUUUUGUUGGAAAUUAAGGGUAAUCAAUAUCGGCCAACCAAGAUACCUUUGACAUCAGUAAGGCCAUUUGAGUACACAGAGAUUGUAUUAAAGGAUGAGCCUGACAUUGACUCUAACGAUCAGAACUCAAUUAUCGAACACUUGGACAACGUGGUUCAAAAUUUGAUUGAGAAAUCAAGCAAAAGGGCUGUUAACAGAUCAGAGCUUAAGCUUCCUUUAGUCCGUAUAAAGGUGGAUUACUCUGGGUUUAUGACAAUAAAUCCUCAAAGAUUUGGUCAGAAAUAUGUUGGAAAGGUAGCGAAUCCUCAGGACAUCCUUAUAUUCUCAAAAGCUUCAAGAAAAGGUCGCAACGAAGUGAAAAUUGACGAUUCAGAAAGGCUUCGUCCGGAAGAACUAAAUCAACAAAACAUAGAGGCUUUAGUUGCAGAAAAUAAUCUGAAAAUGGAGAUCCUUCCUGUCAAUGAUUUGGAUGUUGCGUUGCACAAUUUUGUAAACAAAGAUGACAAAAUGGCAUUUUAUUCCUGUGUGCAAUUCAAUCUAGAAGAAACACGAAGUAAAAUUGCUCAAGACGCAGAUUCUUUGAAGUUUGAAGAAGAAGAUUUAAUUCUUAAAGUUGGGGAGUGCCUGGAGGAACGUGUCAAGGGGAGGAACACCCGUUCCAAGAACGAUGUGGCAUUCACAUCAUCUAUUCAGUCUUCAAAAGAUUUUGGUAGUAAAAGUUCCACGGCAGUUGGGUCUGCUGUUUCUUUCAGUGAUGACGAGGAUAAAAUGAAAGCAUCAGGGUCAAAGUCCACUAGAGGACGAAAAGCAUCAUCAAGGGCAGCUGAUGAUACUCCAAAUAGAACUUCUACACGAGGAAGGGGAAGGGGAAGGGGUAGAGGGAGGGGCGCCAGUAGCCUGAAGCAGACAACUCUUGAUGCAGCUCUUGGAUUUCGACCAUCACAGAGAUCUGCAUCUGCUGCGGCAUCUGCUGCAAUCCGAAGCACAGCGGACACAGAUACUAUGAAUUCUGCUUCUAGCGAAGCAGCAAGAGAAAAUGAGAUUGAAGAAAUUAAUGACAGUUCGGAAAAUGAUGAAAUUCUCAGCAAAGGAACAAAGCGCACUGCUCCAAGGGGCAGAGGGAGAGGAUCCACUCAAUCUAAGCGGGGAAGGAAAUCAGACAACUCUGCAGCUCAGAGGAUGUUCAUGGGCCAAGCUGAUGACGACGAUGAUGACGACGACGAAGACAACACAAGAAAGCUAUUAAAUAAGUCUCAGCCUCGGGUGACAAGAAAUUAUGGUGCAUUGAGAAGGUAGGUAGCUUCCCUUGCUAUGAGUGUAACCUCCUCAUAGAUUCAUUAGCAGCUGUGGCAUGUGGCGAGGCGAUUUUCGACCCGAGUCGCGGAACAUAUUUUCUAUCCAUUCAACUCAUCUACUGUGCAAAUCCGCGAUCGUGUAAUUCGUGGGGCGCUGUAUCGUUUUUGUGAUGUUGCACAUUUCAGUUGGAGAGUUCCGUUUAUUAGCCAAGUUGGAUGUUUUGUAGGUGUUGGUCGGUAAGCAGAGUAAAUAUGAUCCUAAUUUGAGGGCAGCUUAAUUCUAAUUUUAUAUCUUUUACAUUUUUUUUUUUGGUUA